AUGGCGGACGCGGAGAAGGCGCGGUCUCGAUCGAGGCCCGAUGAGGCCCCGAUCAAGACGACGGAGGCCCAGCGGCAGUAUAGUAAAGUAGCAUUCGCUGUCGCGGCCUACGCCACGUGCUCGGCGUCUAUGUUGAUCGUGAACAAGCUGUGCAUCACGUAUCUUCCGGCGCCGACCGUGGUGCUCUUCCUGCAGCUCUCGUUCACCGCGGUGGCCAUCCGCGCUAUGACGCACUAUGGCAUCGUCGACGCCGACCCACUGGACGUGGAGAAGGCCAAGCCGUUCGUCCUCGUCGCCCUCGCGUUCCUUGGUGCGCUGUACACGAACGUCAAAACCCUGCAGUACGCCAACGUCGAGACGUUCAUCGUGUUCCGUUGCUCAACGCCGUGCCUCAUCGCGGUGCUCGACUACGUGUUCUUAGGCAGGGCGAUGCCAAACUUGAAGUCGUGGGCGAGCCUGGGCGCGAUCGUGUGCGGCGCGGUGACGUACGUGUCGUUCGAUGCGGACUUUGAAGUUCGCGCGUACGGGUGGGUGCUGGCGUGGUACGUGGUCUUCGCGUUUGACCAAAUUUACAUCAAGUACGCGGUGGACCAGAGUUCCUUGAGCGUGUGGGGAAGGACCUAUUACAUGAACGCCCUGGCGGUGGUACCGGUGUCCGUGAUGGGUCUGUUGUCCGGGGAGUCGUCGGCGGUUUCGAGAGGGGGACUGACGAGGGAGGACGAGGCGUAUCAGUGGGGAUGGGCGGGUUUCUGCGCGCUGACGGCGUCGUGCGUCGCGGGAGUGGUGAUGAGCUACAGCGCCAUGCAGCUCAGGGGGAUGAUCAGCGCGACGUCGUUCACGGUGGUGGGAACCAUGUGCAAGAUCGCGACAGUGGUGGUCAACUGUCUGAUAUGGGACAAACACGCGUCCUUAGGGGGGCUCGCCGCUCUGUUCAUCUGCCUCUUCGCCGGCUUGGGGUACGAGCAGUCGCCCCUCAGAACCCCACAGCCGGCGACGACGAAGCCGGCGACGGUGGGAUCCGACAAGGUCUAAUGA